GUGUCUUAAAGCGGCUAAAGACAGUGCUUCGACAUCUCAAAAGUUUUCUUCGAGUUAAGUUUUCAGACGUCCGUCUUAUUAUUCAACCUAAAUCCAGCAAAUCAUUUUGAGUUGUGAAGAGAGUUGACUCAGGAGAUGGACAGUAUAGACACAAAGAGGUUAAAUGAAAGCAACUUAGAUGAUCGUGCGUGGUCUGGGUGUGCUGUACUUUUCUUGGGGUGUAGCAGUCCAGCACACAACCUUCUGUCUAUUUACAAAGAUGAGCAGGGGAAAUUUAGUUUGUUCAAGGUUAUUAAGCUUACCCUUACAGAUUCUGUUGGUGGACUGGAAGGCUACGAAAUCCUGAAACUGCAUGAUGCUGAUCCCUUCCUCGGAGUGGAACUUAAGUUUAUGGACAUGAAUCUCUGUCAGCGAUUCCUGGAGAGCUAUGCAUGUGGUUCGCUCCUUCAGUUUCUGUCUCAGCAUGCCUCACGGCUUCUUAGCAUUCCUGAUGGGGUUGUCAUGGAAACACAACUCAAAGCUGGAGCACACACGAUGGACCACAGUCUAAAUGACCUAGACAGCUGCCUAGAGCAUGUUCGCCAAUCACAGCCUGUGCGUUUGCGAGAUGAUGAGGUCACACAGUUGGAGCAGCAGCUGCAGAACAGCUACGGUCCUCCCAGUCAGUCCCCACAAGAACUGCCAAAGAACUGCUUUCUGUUUCAGAAAAGAGUGUUUGAUGAUAGGCCAUUGACAUCUGCAGACCAACAACGAUUUGCUGCUCACAUUGGACGGGAUUGGAGGCGAGUGGGAAGGGCUUUACAAAAGAACUGUCGUGGUCUUAAAGGCCCAGCUAUCGAUAAUCUUGCCUAUGAGUAUGAAAGGGAAGGGCUUUAUGAACAGGCCUAUCAACUGCUUGGACGUUUCAUCCAAUCAGAAGGCAGGAGUGCCAGGCUGGGCCGCCUCAUUAGUGCACUAGAGGAGACAAAACUGACCAACAUGGCAGAGAUCAUGUUGGGCAUUCAGCCACGAGAUUGAGCCUUUAUGAAUGAUGGAUGUGUAUUUUUGUAUGUGUGCGUGUGUGUCUGUGACUUUUUCCAAGAUAUUACAGCAACAAUUAAAGAGCAUGCCUGUUGAUGUUUGUGAUUUUGAAUUUAAUCUGUCUCAGAAGUUGUUUUAUUGUCCCAAAUUAUUUGUUGAAUGGUUAAUAAAGUUUUUCAUACGUUUU